AUGGCCGGAGAAUUUGUUUUGGCAUUUCGUGAUCUGCAGAAGGACGCGGUAAAUAAUGAAAAAUUGGUGGAUUUUGUCCACGGCCACUACACGAACAGCCUCAACGCUCCCGAGUUCUACUCAGCCCUCCAACAACAAUGUCUCCACCCUGACCAACAUGUCCACAACUUAUUCUGUAAUUUAUCCUUUCUUUACACAGACCAUUUCUUCAUGGAGGAGACACUGAAAUCAAUGGAUGAGAGCUUGGAGAAGCAGCUCUGCUGCGUCGAUGUCUGUAAGAAGGCCUCUACUAUUUUCUUCAUCUCAGCGGCCAUGAUCUGCGCGGCCAAGGCUGCCACUGCAGCCGCGGACGCCAACCCCAAGACUAAGAUGACAGCGGCCAAGGCGGCAGCUGCAGCCGCUGCAGCCUCCAUUCUGUUUGGUGCAGUCGGGAAGUGGGUCCAUUCGCUUCUGAGCAAGCAUGAGUCAAGAAGCAUAAGGAGAUAA